CUGUAGGUUCUUGGCUCACAUACACAUUUGAAUUUCAAACAUCAAUGGCUGAUUUUUGUACCUAUUCCCUAUUACUUCUCAUUUGGGUAGCCUCAACCUUGUUUCUAAGAGUAAUCUUCAGCAAACAUGGCAUAAAUAACGGGUCACGAAACCUUCCACGAAGCCCUAUAGCCCUUCCAAUCAUAGGACAUCUCUACCUUCUAAGGAAGCUUCCUCACCAAUCAUUUCAUAAGAUCUCGACACGUUAUGGCCCUUUGGUUUAUCUCUUGUUUGGUUCAAAGGCUUGUGUCCUUGUUUCUUCACCUGAAAUGGCGAGGCAAUGCCUCAAAACCCAUGAAACAUGCUUCUUGAACCGACCUAAGAGGACCAACCUUGAUUACAUCACAUAUGGUUCCUCGGAUUUUGUUUUGGCACCUUAUGGACCUUAUUGGAGGUUCAUGAAAAAGCUUUGUAUGACUGAACUCCUUGGUGGCCGUAUACUCCAACAGCACCUUCCCAUUAGAGCUCAGGAAAUAAGGCUAUUCUUGACAGGUAUGAUGAAAAAGGCAGAGAUGAGAGAAGAGGUGAAUGUUGGGUCAGAGCUAGCUAUGGUUGCAAACAACAUAAUCACAAGGAUGGCUUUGAGAAGGAGGUGUUGUGAUGUUGGAGGUGAAGGCCACCAACUCAUUGAGCUUGUGAAGGAGAUGACUGAGCUUGGUGGCAAGUUCAACUUGGGAGACAUGUUCUGGUUUGUGAAGAUGUUUGAUUUGCAAGGGUUUGGAAAGAGGCUUGAGAGUGUUAGGAGUAGGUAUGAUGCUAUAAUGGAGAGGAUCAUGAAGGAGCAUCAAGAUGCAAGAUGGAAUAGAAAGACUAUUAUUGGAGAUGAAGCAGUGAAGGAUUUGCUUGAUGUUUUGCUUCAUAUCUAUGCUGAUCAAAGUUCUGAGAUUAGAUUAACAAGAGAAAAUAUUAAAGCCUUCAUUAUGAACAUGAUUGGUGCUGGAACAGAGACAUCGGCAGUUACAAUAGAAUGGGCAUUAUCUGAGUUAAUAAACCACCCAGAAAUAAUGUCAAAGGCAAGAGAAGAAAUCGAUUCAAUAGUUGGUAAGAACAGAUUGGUAGAGGAAUCAGAUAUUGAAAAUCUUCCCUAUCUUCAAUCCGUAGUAAAAGAAACAAUGAGGCUUCACCCAACUGGACCCUUAAUUGUGAGACAAUCAACUGAAGAUUGCAACGUUAAUGGAUACCAUAUUCCAUCAAAAACCACUGUGUUUGUGAAUGUUUGGAGUAUUGGGAGGGACCCAAGUUACUGGAAGGACCCACUUGAGUUCAUGCCAGAGAGGUUCAUGAAUGAAGAGGGAGAGAGUGAGUUGGAUUUGAAGGGACAGAAUUUUGAGUUGUUGUCGUUUGGUGCUGGGAGAAGGAGUUGUCCUGGUGCUGCAUUGGCUUUGAGUGUUGUUCAUACAACGUUGGCUGCUAUGAUUCAGUGCUUUGAAUGGAAGGGUAAUAAUGGGAUUGUUGAUAUGGAGGAAGGGCCUGGAAUGGCACUUCCUAGGGCACAUCCCUUGUUGUGUAUUCCUGUGGUUAGACUCUGUCCUUUUGAGGAGACUCGGUUUUCAUUUGAUUAGAUAAUAUUUAGUUUCUGUAUCUUGAUUAUUAGUGAAUAAAGUAUAUGUGGACUUACCUAAAAUGUUAAAGAAAUUGUGAAAUGUAUGUAGUCUAGUGUGCAAUAAAAUAGAGUUCAAUAUGCUCUUCUCAUA